GUGGAGUUCAGCUUCUUUGGCAAAGACGCAGAGGAGAAGCAGGCGGUCAGCAGGCGCGUCCUUCAGCUUGUCAGCGGCGGGCUGGACACCGAGCUGAUCGCUUCUGUCGAGGAGAUUUUAGGUGCCGGCCUGAGGAUGGCGGGACCGUCCCAGUGA